AAGACACUCUCCGGUCAUUUGUCAGCUGAGCCGUGCUCGCCGUGCUGGGACUCUUAUUGUGGCAGGUCAGCUGAGCCGUGUUCUCCGUGCUGGGACUCUUAUUGUGGCAGGUCAGCUGAGCCGUGUUCUCCGUGCUGGGACUCUUAUUGUGGCAGGUCAGCUGAGCCGUGUUCUCCGUGUUCUCCGUGCUGGGACUCUUAUUGUGGCAGGUCAGCUGAGCCGUGUUCUCCGUGCUGGGACUCUUAUUGUGGCAGGUCAGCUGAGCCGUGUUCUCCGUGCUGGGACUCUUAUUGCGGCAGGUCAGCUGAGCCGUGCUCGCCGUGCUGGGACUCUUAUUGCGGCAGGUCAGCUGAGCCGUGCUCGCCGUGCUGGGACUCUUAUUGUGGCAGGUCAGCUGAGGAGCGGAGCGAUGUCGGGCUCUAACGCUCGGAGCUUUAUUCCUUUACUCGGUGUUUUACUCGGCGUUUUUCUCUGUGCGAGCGGAUUCAUGGGAAGUGGAGUUCCUUUCCGACGGAAGGUGACUCUGGAGCUGAACCCUGGCCUGAAGCUGUCCAACGCAGCGCCCCCUGAGUUCGACCUGCUGCAUGUGCGGGCGCUGGGUGAAAACGACACCCUGCACUUCUUCCUCUGCAGUAAAGGAGCUCCUGCAGUGCUGCUGGUCCACACCAACUCCACGGAGUCCUCGGUUCAGGUGGACUGGCCCACCUUCGUCAUCCUCAACUCUACAGGCGGUCUGCGGGUGGUGCCGGAGAGCAGUGUGCAGUACAGCAGAGCUCUGGUGUUCACCAGGCUGUUGGAGUAUGAUGACGUAAACAACACUGCAGAGCCUCAGGACUUCCUGCCUCCUUACGAUCUUAAGGACUUUGCCUGGAGUGACCUGAACAGCACCGUGGACUACACGUUCCAUGCAGCCCUGCUCUGUGGGAAGGACCAUAGCUCCACCUUCAGAAACGGCUCCUUCUGUCUGGAUUUUUCAGCCUUCGAGUCGGGGGGUCGUGAGGAGGCGUGGCCGAGCCUCCUCCACAGCGCUAACUCCUCCCAGCUGCACGUGUGGUUGGAGGGUGUGACUCCGCGGGCCAACCAAUCGCGCUUCUCUCUGGAGCUCCAGAUGGUGAGCGAGGUGGGGUUUCAGGACAGAGUGGACGUUCAGCGGUUCAUCGAUGACGAGUACACGCCCUCAAUAUUCCAGGUAUCUCAGUGGGUCUCGUCCCCUGUGAACUCCAGCUCUGUGAGGGGCUUCAUGCAGUGGAAGCCAAUAGCGUACCGUAAGCGUGUGCCGAUGCUGGAGGACGCGACGCCGUGCAGAAACUCCCAGCCCGUUCCUCUUGCUCAGCCACCUCCGUCAGGACUCAUUUCUGCUUAUUUUACCCACAAUCCCGUCACCAGCGGCAUCAACAUCAGCUUCAGCCUGGCUGAAGACCCCUUCUAUGGCUCCACGAAGUUCCUCAGCUGGACUGUAUUGAUCGGGAUGGGCACUCCUCCGUCAGAUUCCUUCUCUCCGCUGGUGAUCGGCAUCAUGGCCGUUGGACUCGGCACGCCGCUCGCCCUCAUUGUGGUGGGCGGGGUUUAUGUCUGCAUCCGGAAAAGAAGGGACCAACAACUGGGCUACCAGCCAAUCAACUGAGACUGUAUGACACAGGCCCCGCCCACAUUUGCACACUCGCCUAUGAGCAGUUUCACUGUUCGUACACUGUACGAGGUCAGGUGGGUCACUCGAGGCAGGCAGCCAAUCGGAACUGACCUUUUAACACAGCUGAUGGAUGAGCCAAUGAGCUCCACCCGCAGCCUUUUGUAUUUACCUUUGCAGGCUCUACCCACAAACGCCGUCCGUCACAGGUGCUGUUUUCUGUGAAGCUCGUCCGAGUGUGGAUCGGUCAGUUAGCCGGUCACUGAGCUACUGAUUGUUCACACCAUAAGUAGUGAUUUGGAGCACAUUCAGGCCUGUUUGUAACUUGUAUAUCGAAUCAGAGCGUCGUUUUAUUCUCUCUGUGUGCUUUGUGCAAAUUUGACCAAUCAGAGCCAUGUCUGCCGUUGACAUGGCAAGAUGACGAAUCAUAAGCUGGAGCUUUAUAGCAAACAUUAGAAACGCCGGACUCUCGGAACUCAGCUCAGACUGAGCUACAGCCACGUUAAAGGAAUACAACUCAACGUUUCAGCUCCCAAGUGAAGCACUGAAGCUCCUCACGCUGCUUUCACUUUCCCCAAUAGGUCGGGAUCUCAGCGUGACCACUUUCCUCGUGUGAAGCUGCAAAGAAGAGCUUGUAGGAUUUCAGCUCCUGAAUGAGGCGGAGAAACUCGCGGUUCUGCUUUCGUUUCUCAGGAGAGACCCGCAUCAUUGUCUUUCUGUCGUUUAAUUGCCUCGUGUUCAGUGUGUAACAGCCUUCACGUCACGUCUGAAACUAAAACUCAACUAAAACUAAAACUCCUACAGAUCUUAGCCCCUCUGCCAAGAGUAAUUUUUACAGUGGGAUGUUUUUAAUCAACGUUUGUUUGUUUUUUUAUGGGGGGGGGGGGUUCAAAGGAAGAGAGAGCGUCUUCAUCCUGUUCUCACGGCGGUACGUUAGAGCUUCACUGCACCGAAAUCUGCCACAGAGACUCCGUCGUGUUUUCACUGAUGUAUUUCCUUUCCUCUGGAGACUGUGAUCACGCCUUUAAUGGAGAGCUGAGUUUAUCUCACAGGCUUCUUUUCUGUUUAGCUUUUGAUCACGGAGGUCAAACCUGCCAUCUGGAAUUUCUAGUUCUGUUUGUGUUUAUUUUCUAGCCCAUAAAUAUUACCAGAACAAAACCUUGUACCUCCACACUGGCAACUUUACAGGAGAAGGAAAAAACCUACGUUACUUUUAAUGGAAGUCAAUGGAACCAGAGUUUGUUCCUAGUCAUUUUUGGUCUGUUUUGGUCCGUUCAUCGUUAAACUUGCAUACAGUGCAAAGAGCAACAGGCACUUUCAAAUGAUGUCAAAAACUGGAAAAUGAUGAAAACGGGAUGUUUUUUUUUUUCCCUGACAGCAGCGAUAUUUAAAUGAUCCUCUAUAGCUGGUGUCAAACUGGGGACCUUCUGGGCCAAAGAGCUGUGGAGAUCAGCAUUUACCCUCAUCCAACACUCUGAAUUCAGUUCAUGAAGGCCUUGCUUAGCUGAUGAGCUGAAUCAGGUGUGCUUAAUGAGGCCAUGCGCUGAGGUCUGCAGAGUUUCGGCCCAUGAGGACUGGAGCCUGACACACCUGCUCCAGAGGGACCGUGAGUUUAGCAUAUUGAGAAAUGAAAAGGACAACGUUUGUUUUCAUUUUUCCAGUGUGUUAAAUUCAGUAAAUCAACAGUAACUGUGUAUUAAAGUGUGCAGUGGUGUGUCGGUACAGGACGUCUUAAAUGCUUCCGAAAAUCAGCAACACCACGAAAUUCGACAGGGGUGCCCAAACGUUGGCCCAGGACCGCGUGGAUAAGGAGUGUAUAUUGGAAUAUGAAAGUGCCGCCGCCCUCUAUAUGAUAUUAACAUUUCAUGAUGGAUGGACCAAAUGACCCACAGUAAAGUCUUCCUACAUCAGCUCCUCCUGAAGCUGCCGGUUCAGACAGUCCAGGCUUUGUUCUGCACGAAGUUCAACGACUCGGUUUUCGUAGCGAUUACGAACGAUGGCAGGUUUGGGUUCUGGUCCGUACACGGUUCUGACUGGGUGGGUUUGGGUGACUGUUCAUUACUGUGUUGUUCUGGCCCUCCUCCUGCUGGAGGUCACUGUGAGUUUCUUUAGCACUUUUACACUGAAGUGUGUCUCAGGGAGUCGAACCUGGACCGUGGACCUCAGACAGCUCUGCAGUGGAGCUGAUACUCAUCAGACUCUGUGAUCAAAGUGAAGAAUCCAGGAUUCUCACCCUGGUGAUAAUGAAUGUAAAUGAUCUGCUGGUGAUCUGAAUAAAAAUGACUGUUUUCAUCUUUAA